UUUCAGCAAACAUUUUGGCGAUAUUAUAAAGUGAUUUGUUUGAGAUUAGCAAGUUAUUUCAAGCUUUCGAGUGCUAUUUAACAAAGUUACUGUAAAGUGUCAUCAAAGUUUUGAGCGGAACGCUGACGCGCUCAAGCAAUGCCACGUGAGCCACACCCUCGACUAGUCAUGGAUAUCUUCCAAAAGGCGAAAGAUCCGCAAAAAAAUAAAUUAUUAUCCACCCUUGGCUGAUCCUACCACCURGACAAUGGACUCCAACACAACCAAGAAUGAAACCUUCCUCUUCGACUGCGAGUUGGUCAACCCCAACAGCACCCUCGCCAACGUGUACUUUCUCAGUGCAGUGUAUUCCAUGUACGCAAUCAUUUUCGUGGUGGCCCUAAUCGGUAACAGCUUCGUGUGCUACAUCGUUCUCUCGUCUCCGCCGAUGCGAACAGUGACGAACUACUUCAUCCUGAACUUAGCCAUCGGUGACGUCCUCAUCACGCUCCUCUGUGUCCCUUUCACCUCCGUCUCCCUCCUGAAGCAGUAUUGGCCCUUCGGCAGCAUCCUUUGUCCCGUGGUCAACUACUCGCAAGCAUUGUCCGUUUUCGUGAGUGCUUACACUCUCGUCGCCAUCAGCAUCGACAAGUACAUGAUCAUCAUGUGGCCUCUGAAGCCGAGGAUCUCGAAGAGAUUCGCAACGUACAUUAUCGCGCUGGUGUGGCUAAUAGCCGGAAUCACGGUUUUACCCAGUGCCACAUURACGACCCUUAUAAACGACGAGGAGAUCUUAGGGACGAGCGCCUACGAACAAUGCGACAAAUACAUUUGUACAGAAGAGUAUUCAAAAGUCGGCCAAGAAUAUGGUGAUCUCUACACGAAGAUUUUAAUGUUCCUACAAUACAUAAUUCCUUCGCUCGUUUUACUCUUUACGUACACCAGCAUCGGUGUCGUAAUUUGGUGUCAUCGCAUUCCUGGUGAAGCAGAAAAUUCCAGAGAUCAACGGAUUGCAAAGAAUAAAACAAAGAUGAUCAAAAUGAUGGUGACUGUGGUCUGCGUGUAUACGAUUUGCUGGCUCCCUUACAACGUCCUCAUGAUCUUCAAAGAACACAUCAGCGGCAGUGUUAUGGUAUAUUUGUACUUCCCAUUACAUGGUCUGGCAAUGUCCCACGCUUGUUACAAUCCAAUAAUAUAUUGCUACAUGAAUGCACGAUUUCGAAAUGGUUUCCUCCAAGUUAUGAUGUCCAUCCCUUGCCUCCGUAGAUGUGUAACCCCAUUAACGACAUCAGCAAGAUUCUCACAUACAGGUGUGGAAGGUACGGAGAGUACAUCUUUACAGAGAAAUAACACGUGRACAACUUACAUCAGCAUGAAGCGCAAGAACUGCAACAAAUACACCACUUGCAAUCAUCAAUUACCUGUCAGAUCGGUGUCUGUGAUGAGAAAUACACACACCCACAAUGGGGUGAGACGGAUACGAUAUUCGCAGAAUAUCAUGGAUGAGCAAAUGUAAAWUUUCAAAUGUUCUCAGAUGAGUGUACUAUGUUAGAAGAUAAGUUUUUGUCCAAUUUUAUGUAGUUUCAGAGUAUCUGAAAUGUAUAUUUAAUA